AAUUCAGCGUGCAAAUUAUUGCACUCGUCAGAGUGAACGUAGAUAGUGAUAAAUUACUUUACACUGCACCCGCGAAAUAAAAAAUAUUAUCUUGAUCCAUUGAAAAAGAUAGAUACCACAAGAACCGCAACGAAUCCGUUAAAGACGUGGAUUAAACUGUGUAACAAUUAGAGCUGGUAUAGAAAGUCACAUGGCAAUCAACUUUAUUAAAUAGGACAAUGUGCUCGUCUUCUCGAUUGGGAUUGAGUAGGAUCGUCGUUUAAUUACGUAUAGCCCGAUAUAUCUGCCAAUAUAUUGAUAACCCCGUCAAAGAAACUAAAACGGUUAUGUUUGACGCAAGAAAACGGCAGAAAAAUGUCUUGAAACGCUGUUAAAUAAAUACGGAACGUGUUUGAGCCAGAUGAAUAAACCCGUAAAGUGCCUACGUGGAAAGAAGAAACACCAACUACAAGUGCUGUGUUGCAACACCGAAGCAGUAUUGAAUAAUUAUCUAGAUAGCUGAUAUAUCAAAGAAAAUACACUUUUUUCCUUUUGACACAUAUUUUAAUUAGACUGUCGUUGCGUAAGACAAUUCGAAGAAUAGUGAAUAUAAGGAAGGAACGUUUGACAUACGUUUUUACUGCCUACCGCAUUACCUUGUUUAAGGUGUAUCAUUUGCCAAUUUUUAUUUCAACAAAAAAGAAAAACGGCGAAAGAACAGGAUAAAACUUACCGACAAGGUCGGUCAACCUAUGUAGAUCCACUGUUAAUACAUGAAAAAGCACCAAAAAUGUUAAGUCAAAGAUUAAGCAACAGAAGGUUGCUGGUUGACCUGUUUGCACUAAUGUUUGGUCUUGGUGCAUGGAUUGGUGUCAACGGUAUAUAUGUUCAACUACCUCUUCUAGUAAAUAAUGCUCCUGAAGGAUGGCGUCUUCCAGCACACAUGGUAAUAUUAGUACAAUUUGCCAACUUGGGACCAAUACUUUACACGUUAUAUAUAAAGUAUAGUGCGUGGGCAUGUGAUAAAUAUAUUACUUAUAUGCUGUUAGCGGCAGCAUCGUUAGCCACUUUUAUAUUGGCUUUCGUAUAUCAGAAAACAUCAGUCAUAUUUGGCAAUGAGCAUUCCACUGCCCUUUUGUCACUAAUGUUUGUAACGGCUUUUGUUGGAUGUACGAGUUCAGUUCUAUUCAUGCCUUAUAUGAGGAACUACAGAGAAAUUUAUUUGAUAUCGUAUCUUGUAGGAGAAGGACUUAGUGGAUUUGUACCUAGCGUGGUAGCAUUAAUCCAAGGUGUUGGUGGAAAUCCAGAGUGCAUGAACACUACUACAUCAGACUCACUGAAUCUGAAAUUUUCCUCUGUCUAUCCAGAACCUAGAUUUUCGUGUCAAGCAUUCUUUAUUUUCAUUGGUAGCUUAUUGUUCCUGAGUUAUUUGUCCUUCUUAGGAUUAAAUAACCUGUCUGUUGCUAUUGGAGAGCGUGUUAAGCCGCCAGGAAGCAUGGAGACAUUACCAACAGACACAAGAGCACCACCAAGUUAUAAAACAAACUCUGGUUGGACGAUGUCUAGACAGGUGUACUCAUACUUAUUAGUUAUGAUGGCACUUGUUUGUUUCUUAGGUAAUGGUACAUUACCAAGUAUUCAAUCGUAUUCUUGUUUACCAUAUGGAAAUGUUGCAUACCAUUUAACUGUUACAUUGUCUUCAAUGGCUGGACCAUUAGCAAUGUGUUUAGGUUUUGUUAUUAAAGUACCAAAAGUAAGCCUUCUUAGUGUUUUAACGACUGUUCUUUUAUUACUGUCUGGUUUUGUGUGCUUUUUAGCCGCUGCAUCACCUACCCCACCUUUACAGAAUUCAUGGGUUGGUGAAUUUUUAGUUGUGUUAUCUUGGAUUUUAAUUAAUGGUUUAAUAGGAUUCAUAAAAUUGAGUAUUACUACAUUAUUCAGACCUGAUCCAGGCAGAGGUCUGUAUUACACUGGUGUGGCAACACAAGUUGGCUCAUUAAUUGGAGCAGUAGCUACAUUUGUCUUGGUUAAUCAUGUAAAGGUAUUUCAUUCUUAUUCUCCAUGUUCAGUACUUGACGGACACUGACAGCUUGUAUGAUAACUGAACAAUUUAAUGAU